AUGGCGACACUAUUUUUACCUAUGUGUGCGCUGCUGGCAAGAUCUGUACUUCUGCUAUACCAUGUUCCGCGAUGUUGCAAAGGCCUUUCUAUCCAUGGCCAUGCAAAGGAUGCCCUUGCGGCGCGGGAAGCCCAGAACCUGUUGCGAGGAAUUGAUCAAACUGGGGAGCAUCAUACGACCGCUGAGGAGGCUUUCGCGAGCUUCAUCUUUGAUUCUGUAUCCAAGAAAGUCGCCGAAACGCAGGUCCAUGCAAUGGCUGAUAGGUUUGAGGAGAUGGUCGUGUUUGACGAGUUGAUUGAUAAGAACACAGCCUUGUCUAGCUAG